AUGAGGAAUCCAUACACAGCACUACACAGCACUACACAACAGUACACAGCAAUACACAACCAUACACAGCCAUACACAGCAAUACACAGAGUGUGUGUGCUUGGAGGACCUGAGCCACCUCCACCCCACCCCUGGGGCUUCCUGCCCCAGGAGGAGGAGGAGGAGGAGGAGGAGGAGGAGGAGACGCGGGUGCCCCCCGGGGGACGUGACAGCGGUGACGACGAGCCCCCCGUCCUGCACCCCCUGGCCCCCAAGCCCCACCCCACCUACCACCAGCCACACCAGUCCCCACAGCAGCCUCCGUCACCCGCCCCACACCAGGAGCACCUGCCCCAAGACUGCCUGCCCCGCCCCCACAAGACACCGCCCCCAGCCUCCCCUGUCCAGAAGGAGCGCGCCCCUCACAGGUCCCGCUCCCGCUCCCACUCCUGCUGCAGCACUGUGGCACCCAACAUAGCCACAGCAGGAGAGGCCAAUUAUCAACCCCCAAACUAA